AUGCAGACGGAGUUGGAGGUGCACGACGGCGUGAGUGCGGGAAAGUACACCAUCGGGUUGGGACAGGACGAGCUCGGGUUUUGCUGCGACCAGGAGGAUGUCAUCUCCAUGAGUUUGACUGCUGUCCAGCGGUUGCUAGAGAAGAACGGGGUGGACCCUUCCCGCAUAGGGCGGCUGGAGGUGGGCACAGAGACAGUGAUCGACAAGAGCAAGUCCAUCAAGACCGCCAUCAUGACGCUCUUCGAGGCCAGCGGCAACGCUGACGUGGAGGGCGUUGAUUCGUGCAACGCGUGCUACGGUGGCACGGCGGCGCUGCUGAACAGCGUCAACUGGGUGGAGGGGUCGUCGUGGGAUGGCCGUUUUGCCAUCGUUGUUGCUGUUGACAGCGCCGUGUAUGCAGAGGGUCCAGCUCGGCCCACUGGGGGAGCAGGCGCAGUGGCGAUGUUGGUGGGGCCAGACGCGCCUCUAGCAUUCGAGAGUGGGCUGGCGGGCAGCUAUGCCGCCCACGCGUAUGACUUUUACAAGCCCAAGCUCGCCAGCGAGUACCCUGUGGUGGAUGGCAAGCUAUCUCAGACGUGCUACACUAAGGCGCUCGACCACUGCUACCAACGCUUCUGUGACAAGUACGCCAAGAAGCAUGGCUCUGCGUUCUCACUGGCUGAUACUGAAUCCGUGGUCUUUCACUCUCCCUACAACAAGCUCGUGCAGAAGAGUCUGGCACGGCUAGUGUUCAAUGAUGUGAAGAGGGGAGUGAGCAGCUCGUAUCUGGGUGCAGGAGAGGCGGAUGCACUGCAGCCGUUUGUGGGGUUGGAGGAAGAGAAGAGCCUCACGAACAGAGACCUGGAGAAGACGGCCAUGCGGGUGGCAGGGCCGGUGUACAGCAGCAAGGUGGGCCCCACCACCCUGGUGGGCAAGCGGGUGGGCAACAUGUACUGCGCCUCGCUCUAUGGCAGCCUUGCCUCCCUGCUCGCACAGCAGGGGCAGCAACUGGAGGGGCAUCGCAUUUUGCUCUUCUCGUACGGCUCGGGCCUCAUGUCAACGCUCUUCUCGCUUACCGUGCGCCAAGCUGCCGACCCCUUCUCCCUCACUGCGCUCACCGCUCAUCUGGACGUGCACCAGCUGCUCGAGUCUCGCACCAAGUGUGCGUUGACUGCCAACCCCUUCUCCCUCGCCACACUUACUGCUCAUCUGGACGCUGCUGGAGUUUUGAAACUGCUGGAACUUCGCACCAAUUUCAUGCAGCCGGCAGCCCCCGCGGGGCAAUGGGGAGGAGCGCAAGCCGCGACCGGCGCCGGCGCCGGCGCAGGCGGAGCGGAUGAGCCGCGGACGCUGUGGGUGGGCGAUCUGCAAUACUGGAUGGACGAGACGUACCUCUGGAACGCGUUCGCGUCCACGGGCCAGGUUGCUAACGCUAAAAUCAUCCGCAACAGGGCGACAGGGCAGCCCGAGGGGUACGGGUUCGUGGAGUUCACGACUCAUGCAGCAGCGGAGCAGGCGCUAGCGGCCUACCAGGGCACGCCCAUGCCUCAGGCGGAGCAGCAGCCCUUCCGCAUCAACUGGGCUGCGUUUGGCGCCGGGGAAAAAGGUGGUGGGCGGCCAGCGGACGGGCAGGAGUUCUCCAUAUUCGUGGGCGACCUGGCUCCAGACGUGAACGACUACUUGCUCUGUGAAACCUUCCGCUGCCGCUACGGCUCCGUGAGAGGCGCCAAGGUGGUGGUGGACAAUGUGAGUGGGCGCACCAAGGGGUACGGCUUCGUCCGAUUCUCCUCGGAGGAGGAGCGGGACCGUGCAUUGCACGAGAUGAACGGCCAGAUGUGCUCCUCCCGCCCCAUGCGCAUCAGCGUCGCCACUCCCAAGAAGCCCGGGGCGCCGGGGCAGGGUGGCCCGCAGGGUGGGCAAGGCGGAGGUCCAAGGGCAGGCCCUCAGCCCCAGGCGCAGGGACCAGGGGGCGAGGACGACCCCAGCAACACCACGAUCUUUGUGGGAGGGUUGGACCAGAGUGUGACGGACGAGCAGCUGAGAGCGGUGUUUGGGCCGUGGGGCGAGCUGGUAUACGUGAAGAUCCCAUUCGGCAAGGGCUGUGGCUUCGUGCAGUUCCGACACCGAUCGCAGGCAGAGGAGGCGCUGAGGAACAUGCAUGGCACGGUCAUUGGGCAGCAGUCUGUGCGGCUCUCAUGGGGCCGCAAUCCCGCCACAAAGCGUACCUCAACUUACCCCUCCCAAGGCUCUCAGUGGCAGCAGCCACAGCAGCAGCAUGAUCCCAACGCAGCAGCAGCAGGUGGUUGGGGCGCUGCUGCUGGUAACACUGGUUACUAUGGAGGGUACAGUGGUUACGAUGCUUCAGGGGGCUACAACCAGGGAGCGUAUGCUUCAUAUGGUGGAUAUGGAGGCUACGGUGGCUACGGGCAGCAACAGGUUUGGCCUCAAGCUCAAGCUGCUCCAGCGGCAGCAGCAGCAUCCCCCGCCACAACACCAGCACCACAAAGUGCAGCAGCAGCUCCUGUGUCUGGAUUUGCAGCUGGAGUGACCCCAGAACCGUUUGAUCCCCUGCGCCCCCUUGACGUGGACAAGAUGAAUGCUCAAUAUAUGGCAAAGCACGAGGGGUCUCUUGUGCCUCAUCAUGUUUGGUUUAAAAUGCCAGAAUCGGCAACUGCGUAG